AUGGACUCGCACGUACAAGAGGUGCCUUCAAAUGGAAGACCCAUGAUGGUGCCAUAUCUCAGCUCUCAGCACACGACAAGCAUGAAUGUGGCCUCUGUCCCAGCUCCCGUACAGCCCAGUUCAAGCCCUAUGGCCUAUCCUGCAGACGGUGCCAAUCAUAUGCACAUGAACGGACUUGCGCCUUCGCAUCAACUGCAAACACCGGCUAGGACGCCGGCCGAAUACAGCUCGCCUUGGUCCUCGUCAUCUACUUACACUGAGGCUCCUGUGCCCAUGACCACCCAGCCUGCGCUUCCCACCCAACCUCAACCCUAUUCCGCAAUGAGCCAGCCAAUGGUCCCGUCCGAUACCCAGGAAAGCGUUUACUCUUCGACAUACUCGAUGCGAGCAGCAAACGAUAGCCCGGAUUCAUACUCCCGAUGGAGAACUCCUCAAGUCAGCUCUACUCCAAGAUACAACCCUUAUAUCAUGUCCGAGCGGGCCUACAAUCAACCGGUCGACUAUGGACGAUAUGGCCAGCCAUUUGAUCAAUACCGAGCUCCUAUCGGUUACGAGGCUGGUUACCGCUCCUUGGACACCUCUCCCUACCAUAUGAAAUACAGCCAAUUGCUGUCGUACCCGAUUAUGGGAUACCCUUCGCAUGCCAACGGCCGACGCCGCCGAGGCAACUUGCCGAAACCCAUUACGGAUAUUCUUCGACGCUGGCUGCAAGAUCACCUUGACCACCCAUAUCCAAGUGAUGAGCAGAAGCAAAUCUUCAUCCAACGCACUGGAUUGACCAUUAGUCAGAUUAGCAACUGGUUCAUCAACGCACGCCGUCGACAGCUUCCUGCACUCAAGCUUAAGCGAGCGAAAUCGAUUCAAAGCCGAGCUUGA